GCGUGUUGCGCGUACAUACAAUCGGCGCGCUCCGCGUUUUCAUACAAAAUAUAUAUACACGAGUGCGAGUGUGCCUGCUCCGAAUUUCCAUACAUACGUGUAUCGUACGCGAACGCACUUUUUUCCAAUCGUGCGUUUCGUACACACGCUGACAGACAUUUUUCUUGUAUACACAUUUUAUUUGUGUAUACAAUCGUGUGUAACACGAAGUGUAUAGGUGUGUGUUAAACUACCUGUGCUUUUGAUUUUUUUUUUGUUGUUAUUGCGACUGUGCGUUUUUGAAAAAAACUCGUCGCAAAUGCAAAACUUUUCUACCACGACUGUUUCUACGAGACUAAUGCUGCGUCGAGGACGACUCUGCAGAUCCACGUGCUCGAUUGUUGUUUUCUGUUCUUGUUAAAUCUUAACGCAACAAGAGAAGAGAAGACUUGCUGUGCCGAGUCCAAAGGAACUGCGUCGACGACCAAUCGAGUGACGCAAAAAAGCAGAGCCGAUGAGAAAGUUGUUGACAGCGGCGAAAGCAACAGUGAUCCGAGCAAAAUAAUCAAGCAACAGUGAAGCAAGAACAAUUCGACUCGUCGUUCAGUGAUAUAUACCAUAGUGCUCGACUACGCCUGUGCAAAUGAUCACGAGACUGUUUUGCGAUUGUUGACAAGUGAGAACAUUGAGCAGUGACACAUACUCUGUGUUCUAUAUAAGUUGAGUGCAUCGCGUAUACAUCAGUGUGUCAAAAAGGUGAUUGCAAUAUUUUUGAGAGAAAGAAACGAUCUAUACACUAGUGGCUAUGCAAAUUUUGCGAGUAAAACUUCGCUGAGUUACGAGCACGAAAUAUUGCAAAAAGGAAAAAAGUGGUGAUUUUCGAAAAAAGAAAAAAGAGAGAAUCAGUGGUUAUAGGACAGCCGGACUCUCGCGUAUUUUAUUGAAGAAAUAAAAAAAAUAAAUAAAUAAGUGAGUGCUGGUGUUAAAGUGAGAGUUGAUGUUGCGAUCAUCGAUAGUAGAAAAGUAAUCUCGUCCGGAAGAGACUCUGGAGCGUCGCUGCGGCAGAAUCAUUUCGAGCAUCAACGACGGCAGAGUGGAUCGACGCACGCGAGGUCUCGAGGCUGGCACCGGGAGCGAAGACGCAGCCGCGGACGAAGAACUGAAGGCCCAGGCGGCAGCGCUCGACGCGGAGGCUGCGGCGGCGGAGGAAGGCCUGGCGGUGGUCACGGGCUCGUUGUCAUCAUCCGCGGGUAGACACGAAGCCGUCAAAGUGGCUUCGUCACUGGGUCUCCAGGGGCCCGCUGCGCCGAUCGGGGCCCAGUUACUCCAGGCAACAGGAGGUGCAGCAGCAGCGAUAGCCAGCGGCAGCGGCGGCGAUCAUCAUCCAGCGGCCUCGUCGGCGACCGAGCAUGCUACCACGGUGUACCACGCGAACCUGCUAGCCGGCAGCAGUGGCACAGUACAGGCGGCCCUGCAGCAGCCGGCCGCGGCCCAAGCCCUCCUCGCCUCGCUCGGCUCGGCCGGUGUCAACCCGGCCGCCACAGCGGCAGCUCUAGCCAGCAUGCAGGCUUCGGCCGAGACCUCGGCCCUGGAUUUACAGACCAUGCAGUCCAUGGAGUGGCUCUUCAAGAAGGAGCGCAUCUACUUACUCGCCCAAUUCUGGCAACAGAGGGCAACGCUAGCGGAAAAGGAGGUGUCAGUGCUGAAGGAGCAGUUGGCUUCGGCGUCGGCCAACGACACGGCUAAUGUCAAGACUGAGGGCAGCAACAAUGCUCAGAGCACCGAUCAGAAUCAGAAUCAGGACUCGAGCAACAACAGGCGGACGCCCAACGCGAAUCACGAGCAGGAGCUACAGGCCAAGGAUAGAGAGAUAAGCCAGUUGAGAGAUGAGCUGGGCAGGCUGCAGGUGAGCCUGCAACGCAUUCAGGAGACCACGUCACAGGCCACGUCGAGGCUCGAGGAGGAGCUCGAGGCGCGCCGCCAACACAUCGCCCUGCUCGAGGCCAAGCUCGAGCGACAAAAGGACUACGAGGAGCUGAAGCGCGAGAUUCAGGUGCUCAGGUCGGUCGAUCUCGCGCAGAUCGCCGAGUCCGGCAAGAAUCUCGAGCAAUUCUUGAUCGAGCGAAACAAGGCGCUACAGCAGCAGGCCGCCGACGCUCUCAAGCCACCCAGCACACCCGAUGCCUUAGGUGGACUCUCGUCGCCCCUGCAGCGCACCGCGAGCGCUUCGCCCCACGGCUCGGCGGCGGCUCAGGCAGCUGCCCCAGCUUCCCUAGUCAGCUCCCAAGCACCACCGUCACAACCACCACCACCACCACCACCGUCACAAGUACCACCACCACAUAGCCGCUCGACUCCCACACCUUCGUGCUCGUCGUCCGUGACCUCGACGACGAGCUCGUCGCUCCUGUUCCCGCCACCCUUGCAGAACGUCGAGACGUUCGGCUCGUUCCUCGGCGAGGAAAUCGUGGCCAACUGGAGGCGUACACUCGAGAGAUCGAUCAUCAAUCAGCAGCAGCAACAGCAGCAGCAGCAAAGCACUGCUCAAGCUCAGCCAAGUCUAAAUCAUCAACUUGCAUCGCCAACAGAUUGCAACGUCGUCAAGUCGAGCACACCCCAGGAGGCCGAGAAAGCGCCGACGCCGCUCUCGGGUCACGAGACACCCACGCUCACGUCUCCGUCGGUGCAACAGCAGCAGCAGCAGCAGCAGACGCCGUCUUCGGUCAGUGACCUGGUGAACGGACCGAUCGGCGCGCCACUGCCGACCAAGAGCCCGGCCCAGGCCACGGACUCCGAGUGCCACAGUAUUAACAACAACAGCCAUCACUUGGCCAACAACAACAACGUGAUCGGCGUCGGCUCGGGCGGCGCGACGAGUGGCAGCCUCAACAUGCUCGAUAGCCUCAAGAGCCCGUUCCGUUUCGACGAGCGAACACAUCCGUUCCGCUUCGGCGACGAGUACGGAGUCGCGGGCAUGGCCGGCCGCCUCGGCGAGUCCCUCAUACCCAAGGGCGACCCGAUGGAGGCCCGGCUCCAAGAGAUGCUGCGCUACAACAUGGACAAGUACGCCUCGCAGAAUCUCGACACGCUGCACAUAGCCAGACGGGUGCGCGAGCUACUGUCGAUUCACAACAUUGGCCAGCGCCUCUUUGCCAAGUACGUGCUGGGCUUGUCGCAGGGAACGGUGAGCGAGCUCUUGAGCAAACCCAAGCCGUGGGACAAACUGACGGAGAAGGGACGCGACAGCUAUCGCAAGAUGCACAGUUGGGCCUGCGACGACAAUGCCGUCAUGCUGCUGAAAUCCCUCAUACCCAAGAAAGAGUAUGUUUCAGGCAAGGAACAGAGUAGCGGCGGCGGCAUGCCCGGCUUCCCGCGGCCCUCGCAGGACAGCCAGUCGUCCAUGCCGGGCGUCGGCAACAGCGCCAGCGACAACGGCACCUCGGGCGGCGCGCCGGGCUCCGUCUCGGCCCAGGAGAUGAGUCAGGAGCAGCAGCGCAUCGCUCACAUGCUCUCCGAGUCCGGGCACAUGCUCAGGGCGCAGCAGAGCGAGCACGAGGCGUCCAACGACGCCGACAGCAAGAGCCCGAGUCGACUCAACUGCCCGAGCCCGUUCGGCAGCAAGGACAGCCAGAAUCGCCGCCUCAAAAAGUACGAGAACGACGACAUUCCCCAGGAGAAGGUGGCCAGAAUUUAUCAGGAGGAAUUGGCCAAGCUCAUGGUCCGCCGCAACGAAGAGAUGCGAGGCGCGAUUCCCUCCAGUGCGAUGUUUCCGUUUUUCAGUGGUCAAAAUCUCCAAGGCAUGGACCGCACCCAAGACGAAAUCAGAAUGGCUCUGGAAGCCUAUCAGCGCGAGCUGCACAAAUUCAGCACCGCUCAAAGUUUGCCGUACCCGCCACAAAUAUCCAGCCUAUUGGCGCUCCAGCAGCACGCGAUUCAGCAACACCACUUAGCGACCAACGGCGCCGCAUCGAAUUCGGCCGCAGCCGCCGCCGCGGCGGCAGCAGCAGCAGCAGCAGCGGCCGCCCAGGAUCUGAGCCUCGGCAACAUCCUCAGAAACAAGAUGAUCAACGGCGUGUCGGAGGAGGAGAAGGAAAAAAUGGAGGAGGCUAUGAGGCACGCGGGCAGCGCAUUCAGCUUGGUGAAACCUAAGCAGGAGCCUGCGUCGAGCGCCGCAGCCGCCGUGGGCAGCCAGUCGACCCCCGGAGGCUCGUCGGCCAGCUCGCCUCUGGGCAACUCGAUCCUGCCGCCGGCCAUGACGCCCAGCGAAGAAUUCACGGGCGCCGCGGCGGCCAGUCCGCUGCAACGCAUGGCGUCUAUUACGAAUAGCCUGAUCAGCCAACCGUCCACUCCGACUCAUCACUCGGGCAAUCAACGACCGCUCAAAGCCGUUUUGCCUCCCAUCACUCAGCAGCAAUUCGAUAUUUACAAUAAUCUCAAUACAGAAGACAUUGUCAAGAGGGUAAAGGAACAGCUUUCACAGUAUUCGAUAUCUCAACGUCUGUUUGGUGAAUCCGUUCUCGGUCUAUCUCAAGGAUCGGUGUCGGACCUUUUGGCAAGACCUAAACCGUGGCACAUGCUCACUCAAAAAGGACGAGAGCCUUUCAUACGCAUGAAAAUGUUCCUAGAAGACGACAAUGCUGUGCACAAAUUGGUAGCCAGCCAAUACAAAAUAGCACCGGAAAAGCUCAUGAGGACCGGCGGCUACGGCGGCCUGCCUCGUAAGUUUAACUCAGCUUGCGGAACACCGAUGAAGCCAAUGCCACCCACGAAACUCGUCCAAGAGCAAUUACAAAAUGCAGCGAAAGCCCAAGCCGCGGCGCAAGCGGCCGCAGCCGCUCAACAUCAGCAAGAGAGUCAGAUGCAACUCGGUCCACCACAGCCAAGUCCGCAACUGUCGCAACAAUCGCCAAUGAUGCUGACUCCGCCGGGAAGCGUACACGCGCAGUUGAGCAUUCAAGAGCUCCAGAAGAAGCAGCAGCAGCAGCAGCAGCAACAGCAGCACCAAAGCGGCCAGAUGAAUCUGCACUCGCCGCACCAUCAGAUGGCGCAGUCGCCACUGCGCGCUCUCCAUCCACACAUCUCGCCGAGCGUUUACGAAAUGGCGGCCCUGACCCAGGACCUUGACACGCAGACUAUUACGACCAAAAUCAAAGAGGCUCUCUUGGCCAACAACAUUGGCCAAAAGAUCUUCGGUGAGGCAGUUUUGGGUCUGUCACAGGGAUCAGUCAGCGAGCUUCUGAGUAAACCUAAGCCGUGGCACAUGUUGAGUAUCAAGGGGCGAGAGCCUUUCAUUCGAAUGCAGCUUUGGCUAGCCGAUCCUUCAAAUAUCGAGCGCUUGCAAGCGUUGAAGAACGAGCGACGAGAGGCUAACAAAAAGCGACGCAGCAGUGGGCCAGGCCACGACAACAGUUCCGACACUUCCAGCAACGACACGGCUGAGUUCUAUCACGCAGCUUCCCCUGGACCAGGUCCGGGUCCCACAUCGGCCAAGAAACAGCGUGUACUGUUCAGCGAGGAACAAAAGGAGGCUCUACGACUGGCAUUUACCUUGGAUGCGUACCCGAACGUACAAACCAUCGAGUUUUUGGCCGGUGAGCUCGGUUUGUCGUCGCGAACGAUCACCAAUUGGUUCCACAACCAUCGCAUGCGGCUGAAGCAGCAAACGCCACACGGACCACCCGAGCCACCGUCGCCCUCGCGCGAACCUGGCCAGCCGUUUGACGCCGUGCAGUUCCGCGUACUCCUAAACCAAAGACUCCUAGACCUGCAAAAGGAACGUUUGGGCCUGGGAAACGUAACUCUCAACUACCCGCCGUACUUCAAUCCAAAUCUCGCGGCCCUCGUUGGCAAUGCUCUCAAAGAACAAUGCGCUGGUCUAGACUUGUCGAUGGGCUCGCUCAAAAGAGAAUUCGACGACGAUGACGGCGAUGACGCCAUGAGCAAUCUCGGAAGCGAAGAUUCGGACGGUUCUAGCAGCAGCGUGAAAGGUCGCGAGUCUGCGGAUAUUCCAGCACCAGCCAACAGCGCCCCCAGUGGUGGCGUCGGAAGUGGUGCCUCCGCAGGCCGCUCGAAUCGCCGCAAGCCGGCCGCGCCUCAGUGGGUAAAUCCCGAAUGGCAGGAGCCAUCGGCGGCUCGUGCUGCAGCGGCCGCAGCAGCUGCCGCUGCCGACGAGGUCAUUAUCAACGGUGUCUGCGUCAUGCAAACCGACGAUUACAGCGUGAAGCGAGAGCCCACCGAGGAAACCGUCCGAGUCGAUCCAACUCCGGUCCUCGAUCGAUACGAAGACGAGGCACAGAGCGACGACGCUUCUUCCUCGGUCUCGGCUCACAAUGCUCAAGCAGAUCGCGGAAGCUUGUCGCCGAGCCCCAAAUCGGCGGUCAACAGUCCAGCCGCAUCGCCGCGACCGCCGUCGGCUUCGCAGAGUCAAACUGCCGAAAAUAGUCCUAAGGAACCUGUAAAGGCUGAGCCCGAUGAAACCUGGGAUUUUUAAAUUUAGAACAUAAACCAAAAGACGAAAAAGAAUCGAUCGAGAGUAAGAAAGAAUAAAAAUAAAAUAAAACAUAUAAAUGAGCUGCGACUUAACUGAAACAGUAGCUCGGACUUGUAUUUAUCGUAUUCCAAAGCUGUGAGCUGGCCAAGGCAAGCCAACGAAAUCGGUCGUUCUUAAGACUGACAGAGCAUCGCACGCGCGUCGAUUUACGUAAGCGUGGAUGACAUGCAUAGCAUCAUUAUUAUUAUUAUUAUUAUUAACGUAAUAAAUAUAACAAAUAAUGCUAGUUAAGUUUUUCGGUUAUUUUUAAAUAUAACAAUUAUAAUAUUGAAGCCAGCAAUAGGAUUCGGCACGAGCCGGGUCCUGCCUAUGGUUAGGGCAUUAACUUAUCACGCGAAAAGUGAACAAAGAUAAAAAAAAUUAAGAUAUAAUGUAUCUUAAAACACAAAUUGAGCGAAAUCAAAAACGUUUACAACUUGUACACUUGCGGACAAAAAUUGAAAUAAUAUUCAUCAACGAAUCGGAAGUUAAGCACGAGUUGCAUAAAUCAGUGGUGAUCGAGUUAGAUGAUAAUUUAGCGGUAAGAUUAUCGAAAUUUGAGAGAAUCCCUUUGUCGUUUACGCGCGCGCUCUUCGAAGAAAUUUGCUCCGAGCUUUCGAGACGCGGCGAAGAGUUGCAGUGAAGUAUGUAUAGUAUAUACUCCGAGAAACGUACAAGGAACGGAUUUUCUUAAUAACAGUGCAAUUCAAAUCCCCCCCUUCUCCCACCACUCUCAUCUUCCCCUUGUCCUCUCCUUAUACAUAUACACACACGUAACCAAUUGUUAAAUUGAUUUUUAAACGAAUAGAGGAAAAUGAGGCGGAAUAAUGAAAAAUAAUAAUACGCGCCCGCGCAAGUGACUCGUUCGUCGUACGCAAAGCGAGUUCGCGAAAUUGCAUAAUUGUGAUUAAUGUUAUCGUUUAUAUCGGCCCCGAUUCCCCUUUUUUCGAGCGAGAGAACCUCCUUGUUAGCCAUUAAGCUGUUGACGUUAUUGCAUAUAUUUCACUCUCGAGUUGCGUACAUGCAAAAAGUACAUUAUAUAUAAAUAUAUAUUAUUAUUAUAUAUAUCGAGAUGAAAAGAUGAAGCGAUUUUUAUGUUGUUGAACGAGAACUAAAUAAAAGAUGAAUUAUGCGAGCCAUUCGAUUGGUUUUCUAUUUAUUUGUAUAAUCUUUAUUCUUUAUCGCUCCGUAUUAUAUUGUACGUCGCGCCAAAAUCGAGACUAGAUCGCGUUCGUUAUUAAGAAUCGUUACCAAUGUUAGUUAUAAAUAUUAUUAUUGCAUGAUUAUUAUGACUAUUAUUAUUAUCAUUAUUAUCAUU